GCACAGCACAGUAUCCUUACUCAGUCAUACCUACAAACGAGGAUACCCGGCAAACGAUAGAAAGGGAAGAAAAAAGAAGAGAAGAAAAGAAACGAAGAAAAGAAAAGAAGAAGAUUGAAAAUAUUCUCUAGAGGUUAACAGCUUCAAGUUGGUGUCGUGUGCAGGUACAGGUGCAGUGCAGUAACCUAGUGCAUUGCAAUACCAUCGCGCAAAGAAAGCCUUGUCGUUUGCCUACCAGCUGUACCAGCUAUACCAGCCAUACCAGCUUUAGUCAAGGACAAUACGAGUUGUGUUUGUUUUGCGCAGCUUUUGAAAUACUCGGUGCUUCUCCGCUUGCGCACUUUAAGCUUGUAGGACUGUUCCGUGCGCAAUUCCCUUCAAAUCAAUCGAAAAAAAUCAUGGAUCAGUCCUCGUCGAAUCACCCGCAGUCCUCGCGAGGAGGUGCAGCGGCUGGAGUGUAUGAUAUAGCACACGGGGGACAUUAUGGUGCCAGUGCAGCUCUUGCAAAUUCCGGCUUCGCACCCGCCGAGCUCUACACAGGACCUUGGGCCAACGUACAUCAAGGUCUACAUGGCCAAUACAAAGAUAUCCUGACGACCUACUGGCAAAACACCAUCAACCAUCUUGAAUCAGACCAACAUGAUUACAAACUACAUCAACUGCCCCUCGCCCGAAUUAAGAAGGUCAUGAAGGCGGAUCCAGAGGUAAAAAUGAUUUCGGCUGAAGCACCAAUUCUAUUCGCCAAGGGCUGCGAUAUAUUCAUCACCGAGUUGACCAUGCGCGCCUGGAUCCACGCCGAGGAGAACAAACGCCGGACCUUACAGCGUUCUGACAUCGCCUCGGCCCUCGCCAAGAGCGACAUGUUCGAUUUCCUCAUCGACAUCGUCCCGCGCGAAGAGGCGAGCCAUGCCAAGCGCACGAACCCCGCCCAAUCGCAGGCAGCCCAAGGCGGCGUGCCUCCCGCCGCAGCCGGUAACCAAAUGCCCGGAGCGCACGGCAUGCCCGGCGCCAACCACAUGGGCCCAGGCGACUACGGCAUGGGCGGCCACGCCAUGGGUGGCGACCAGGAAUACCGUGGCCCGCCCAUGUACAACCAGGUGCAGGCAGGGCCCGGCGGCCCCUACAGCCAGCAACCCCCGCAGGCCAUGUACGGCGACAUGGAAGGUAUGUAUGGUUAUCCGGGUAUGCCUCAGCAGCAGUAGGAUGGCCUGAGGCACGUGGAUAAUAACGAAGACCCCCACCAAGCGGGGGGCAAGCCGGAAAAUACAACAUCAACCUCAGCUCCCGUGGAACAGGAAGAAGGUGCCUAGCUAGGCACCUUGCCUAACCCAGAAGCUGGUUGGUUGGUUGUACAGCCCCCCCU